CCUGAUUUCUAGAUUCCUUUGCUUUUUUUUCUCUUCUUUACAGUUUCCAACUCCAGUCACUCCUUAACUCACCCUUAUACAUUCCUUCAAACCUAUACUUCAGGUAUCCUUUAUUGUUUGUUUGUCCAGCCGUCUCCGUCUACAACAAACUUGAAAUAUACCAAAGCAUAGACCCCAAAUUAGAGAGAGAUAGAUACUUUGUUAGUUGAACUUUCCCCCCCAUAGAUAUGAAACUUUUCGUCCCUGCUACCCUUAUUGCACUUGCCACUUCAGUGGCCGCUGAGUGCUCUCAAAUCGCCGGUAACUACUACUGUUCCGAAACAUCCAAGGUCAUCUACCAAAACAUUGGUUUCUCUGGUUCUUACCAAGAUGUUACCAACAUGGAUGAAACCAGUGGUAAAUGUACUCAAGAAACCGUCAACUUCCUGGGCUCUAUGACCCCACUUGACGAAGAAUUAUCCGUUCAUUUCAGAGGUCCUUUGAAGUUGAAGCAAUUUGGUGUUUACUACCCAGCAACCGGUAACUCCAAGAGAGCUGAUACUGAAGAUUGUGUUGAAAAACAUGUCCACCACAAGCACAAGAGAGCCACUGCUGUUGCCUACGAAACCCAAACUGUUUGGAUCGAUGGUGAUGGUAAGCCAGCCACCAGUGGUACUCCAACCUCCACUGGUGCUGCUGCUGGUACCACUCCAAUUGCCCAAGGUAAGGCUAUUGUUCCAACCACUUACUCAGUUUUGCCAAGUGAUGCUACUGCUUCUGCUAGUGGUUCUGUCCCAUCUGCUGCUGCUGCUGGUGACUGGCAAAGAGCUUCUUACUACACUCCAGGUAGUGCCAGCAACUGUACCUUCUUGAACUACUACGGUGGUCAAGGUUCUGGUAUUUGGACUUCUACCUUUGGUAACUCUCUUUCCUACGCCAACGCUGACAACUCCGGUGCUUCUUCUAGCCCAGUUGCUCUUGGUGACGUUACCAUCGCAUCCAACACUGAAUUUGUUGUCUUCUCUGACACCAAGUGUACUGAUGGAAGUGGAUGUGGUUACUACAGAAAGAACAUUCCAGCUUAUCAUGGAUUUGGUGGUCAAAACAAGAUUUUCGUUUUUGAAUUUGAAAUGCCUUCCUCUUCUGCCACCGGUUUCAACGGUGACAUGCCAGCUGUUUGGUUGUUGAACGCCAAGAUCCCAAGAACUUUACAAUAUGGUGAUGCCACUUGUUCUUGUUGGGCCACUGGUUGUGGUGAAUUAGAUUUAUUUGAAAUCUUGAGCACUGGUUCUAACAAGUUGAUUACUCACUUGCACGAUGGCCAAGGUGUUGAAGCUGGUAACCCAUACGGUGGUGGUGGUUCCCAAGACUACUUUGCCAGACCAACUUCCGGUUCUUUGAAGGCUGCUGUUAUUUUCAGCGGUGAAGAAAUUCAUGUUCAAAUUGUUGAAGAAGAUUUUGACGAAGUUUUGACUUCUGAUACCGUUGCUAAAUGGCUUGCUGUUCCAGGAUCUCUUGCUUCCAUUGGUUACUAG